UCUCAAGUUGCUGCUCUAGGGUACGCAGGAAAUGUCUCACUUUUAUUUUACGUUUCUUUUAUUUAUUUUAUUAAAAAUUAUUCCUGACUGCAGAGGUGAUGAGACAGUUUCAGCCUCCAAACACGAAGAUGUUUCUCUAUCCUGUUUAGAGUCCGAUAUAACAGAUCCUGAGAGCUCCUACAGAGUCAGAUGGACAAAGAAAACCACAGAGACAGAUGAGGUGGUUAUCUUUGAAUGGCCAGGGAAAUCCAAGGAUGAAAAACGUCUGAAAUUGGAAGAAAACGGAAAAGGACAAAGGUGUCUUUUUCUAAAAAACUUGCAAAAAUCUGAUGAAGGGGAGUACAUAUGCAAAAUCUUUAAAGGAUGGGACGAAUUUGAUGUUAGAAAAUUAUUUUUAAAAGUUAAAGAAUGCAGAAUCCUUCAAGCGGUGAAGGCUGUACCUGGCAAGGCAGUUGUGCUCAACUGCUCGGUGAAUACACCACCAGGACUACAAGGACCUCUAAAUACCUCCUGGGUUAUGGUGAAAGGAAGCAACGAAGUAUCGGUUGACAUUGAAAGGGCACAAGUCAAUGGCACAUGCUUGACUUUUCAGUCCGUGGCUGACAGUGACGGGGGCUGGUACAGAUGUACUUACUUGCACGGACAAAGCCAGCGCUGCUCUGACACCCACCUACUUCUCCAAGAAGACACAGUUGUGGUCACUGAGGUUCCUUUUAAAACAACAAUCUCUGAACAAGCACUGACAACCAGCGAGACUGUUCUGACCGAUGGGAAGGAGAAGAGCACAGAAACUUUGGUUCCAGUUCUGGUCUCAGUGAUCAGCGUGAUCAUCACAAUUGCUGCCCUGACAGGAUUGUUCAUUUACUGUAGGCCUCAAACCCAAAGAAGAUCACAGCAGUCACAGAGAUUCUCUACAGAAUACUCGGAGGUGUACGAGAAUUCUUAUGAUGGUCGCCCUCCAGGCAAUUCUCAGCAUCAAUUGAACACUCUGUACCAACCUCAGGAGGAAAAUCUGUGUAAUACAUGUAAGUGUUAAUAUUAAAACAUAGUAAUUCCUGAUGUCUCAUGUUAACGGAAGCCCUAAAGGGUCAUACAUACGUACAUACAUUUUAUUUCCUCCGUUUUUCCGUGAUAUCAAGAUAAUUCCUCAGUUUUCCUGUGAUUAUGAGAUAAUUAAUGUGCAAUCUCAAGAAAACAAAACCCACAAAGCCAUAAAGGGUCAUGCAUACAUAUAUUUUAUUUCCUUUUUCUGUGGAAAAUGAUCUUGUUAUCACGGGCAAGCAGAGAAAAUAAAAUCUAUGUAUGUUUGACCCUUUAGGGCUUCCAUACAUGUUUAAUCCUAAUCACAUUCACAAAAGAAUCAUUGUUCUACUGUUUUCUUGCAGUUCAUUAUUAGUCAUUAUGAGAUUACUCAUGGAAAAGAAGAAGAUUUUUCUCUGUUCCUGGUAUCUAAAAUGGAUCAUCUAAUCUGUAUCAUUUUCAUAAUAUAAAGACAUCUUUGUAUUAAUAGGUAAAAUCGAUGAUAUCAUUAAAAUAAAACACAGACAUUCUGGCUCAAAAAUAAAGCUUUCAUUCGGUUUAAUUACAGAACUACAUGUUGGGCAUUUAAGGAAACCAUUUAUUCUAUUGUAUUGAUGAUGCACUUGGAGACACUUGGAGAAUAUAGCACAAUUCUACUACAAAUUAAUUAUAAAGUCUUUUAAAUAAAACAAUAUUCAUCUGUUAUGUGAAAAGUAUGUUACUUUAAAUUUCAAGCAGGAGAAAGAAAAUCAUGUGCUCAGUGUUUAAGAGACAUUUGUGUCUCCUAAAAAUGAAUGCUGUAUAUAAAAGCUAUGUCUCAUGUACAUGUAGUUAUGAGGCUGUAUAGUACAGUACAGUAACAAAUGUUUUGUAUUUUUCGUUACUUCCCACUUUUGCAGCCUGGUUAGUGUACUUCUCCAAAUUUUAACCUCUAUACCACUAAACCGCCUGUUUCGUUACACAUCUGACCUCUGAAUUUUUUUAGUGAUGGGAUUGAUCAACAUUUGGGUGCAUCUUGAGCCAGGUUACUGGUAGAGGGUGUCGAAGUCAAAUAACCAUAUUUUCAACCCACCUAAUUAGUUAAAGCCGCUACAUAUGUGAAUGUGUCUGAUUCAUUAAUUUGCAUAUUUUCUAUUUUUCCUGUUUUCUUUCUGCUCUAUUUAAAUGCUUUUAGUAGUAUUGUUAUAGGACGACAUCAAUGAAGGCUACAAACCUUAAACUGAAGUUGUGCCAGAACCUUUUGAAACUAGUCUACUGAUGACUUCAAGUAUUUUCGAGAGUUAAAAUUACACUGUUUAGUUUACUUUAAUUUACAGCCUGCAAUACAGUUAAUCGUAAAAAUGUUUCAGCUGUGGUGGCUGCUUCUCUUUUGAAUCAUCUCUGACUUUUUUGGUUCCUCAUCCUGAAUGCCAUCACACGAGUCUGUGAAGAGGAAUACACACGUUAACACAACAGGAAACGCUGGCUCGCUAUACAUCUAAUACAAAUGCUUGCCUUAACAUUUUAGCAUCAGAUUGUUCAUUGCCUGCAUAAAGAAAAAGGAAAGCGGCUUGUUUAAUUUCAUUAGUAUUGGGUUGCUCUAGUUUGGAUUAAUUAUUAUCUUUUUUUUUUUUUUUUUUACCGGAUUAGUAUUCCAAUUGUGCUUUUUGCAGAGACAGUCUUGCAAUUAUGGAUAUCAGGAGGCCAAAAAGGGCCUAACCAGGUGUUUGCAGAGCUGCAAAUACUGAAAUAGUGCAAUCACCUUGUGUGUAUGCUGGAAUAAUAUGUAUGUAGUCAUAAGUGUGGGUUUUCUUUUGAAGAAAAUAAACAAUAUGUAUAUACAGUA